AUGCAGAGCAGGCCCAUGGACGACACCGACGACCCUUCAGGCCUCUCACAAUACACCCUCUAUGAGACAAAAGUCCGAUACUACAUCACAGCGUCCGCAGGCAGCACCCACCGCGUCCUCAAGAUUGACCGAACCGAUGCCGAUGAGCUCAACGUCGUCGAAGAUGCUAUGCAGUAUGACGACGCACAGCUCGAGCUCCUCUUGCGCAUGGUCGAGGACGGCAACAAGAGUCAGGGUGGCUUGACAAAAGUGCUCGACUUUUAUGGCGUCGUCGGCUUUGUGCGCUUCACGACAUCAUGGUACCUCGUCAUGAUCACACAGAGGUCUGUCGUUGGUCUUCUAGGAGGUCACUAUGUGUAUCACUGCGACAAGACAAAGCUCCUGUCGAUAUCGCCUAAAGCUGCCAACACUACUCAAGAAGCAAAGCUGCAGAGCAUGUUUGACCAGGUCGACUUGUCCAAGAACUUCUACUUCUCAUACUCGUAUGACAUUACCAACACUCUCCAAGUCAACCUCACCGUGCCCGCCGACGAGCGACCUUGGAACACCAGGUUCAUGUGGAACCACCACCUCUUAAGUCCUGCGUUUGACCUCGAGGACCCAAAGAAGCGCAGUCAAUGGGUCCUGCCGAUAAUCCACGGCUCCUUUGACCAAACAAAAAUCAACGUCUUCUCUCGUACCGUCUACCUCACUCUCAUUGCUCGUCGAUCGCGUUACCACGCCGGUGUGCGUUUCCUGACUCGCGGUGCGGACGAGAAUGGUGAUGUGGCAAACGAGGUCGAAACCGAGCAGAUUGUUUCCGAGCCCCUGGCCACGCCAUUUGGCUACCCCGUCAACACGGACGCCGGUGCCGACUAUGGCGGCUACACAAGCUUUGUACAGUUGAGGGGAAGUAUUCCUGUCAUGUGGCAUCAACCAAGCGAUAAAAUGACCCCCAAGCCGCCCAUUGAGAUCACAAUCAAGGACCCAUUCUACACUCCGGCGGCCAAGCACUUUGACGACCUUCUUGGCCGCUACGGUGCGCCAAUUUUCAUCCUCAACUUGGUCAAGAGCAAGGAAACCGUGCCACGCGAGUCCAAGCUCUUGUCCGAGUACGGCGAGUGUGUCGAAUACCUCAACCAGUUCUUGCCCGAAGGCAAGAAGAUGCGCUACAUUGCUUGGGACAUGGCGCAGGCUGCCAAGAGUCGACACCAGGACGUCAUGGGGAUUCUUGAGGAUGUCUGCGAGGAGAGUAUCCAAUACACUCACUUUUUCCACGGUGGCGCUGCAAGAAACGAGCAUUCCUCUGAGGGUCACAGAGAGCUUCCUCUGCUCCAGUGUGGUAUCCUGCGUGUCAACUGUGUUGACUGCCUUGACCGCACCAAUGCAGCGCAGUUUGCCAUCGCCAAGCGCGCGUUUGGUCACCAGCUGUAUGCCCUGGGUUUGCUUGGCAGUCCCAACCUGCCAUUCGCAUGCGAUGCCGUUGAGGUGUUGACAGAGAUGUACCACGACCACGGAGACUUCCUCGCAUACCAGUACACCGGCAGUGCUGUUGUCAACCGUGACACCUAUCGGCCGACAAAGGCGACGCAGUGGACCAGUCACUCCAGAGACCUGGCUCAAAACAUUCGCAGGUACUUUAACAAUUCCAUCCUCGACGCCGACAAGCAGGCAGCAAUCAACCUCUUCCUUGGUGUUGAGCCCACCUCUGCGGCCAAGCCACGCAGCCCCCGACCAAACUAUCGCCACUGGUUCACCUCUGCCCAUCUUGACACCCCGCGUCUUAACAUGCUCGGUGACGAGGAGGCGCCGCCAACUCCACUCUUCGACGACUAUUACAAACCGUCUGUUCUCACUCACAUGGAGAAGAUCUACGCGUUUGAAAUGACGUCGACAUUGAAGUUUACCAGCCACCGCACCAAGAAUGGCUUGUUCAGUCCCUUCGAGACAAUCUCUGGGGGAGACUUGCCCUCCUCACCUGAACCCCGCCGCACCUCGAGACGCUGGGCAGGCAGCGCUUCCCCUUCUCGUGGUGAACGCGAAGAGGAGUCUCCCCCGCUCAAGCUCAGCGAGGCAGAACCGCCACACGCCAUCUCGACCCUGGUGUCCCACCUUCUGGACCCGCCUGACCUGGACCAACGCGUCCGCGACUACGACUGGUACAUGCACUACCAGGAAGACGAGCUCUUAGCUGCCGACUCGACGACCGAGCCCCUCGACCUGCAGCUGUACGUGCGCGCAUCACAGAUUGCGGCGGGUCAAGAGGUGGACGAGCCCAACCCGGGCGUACCCCCCGCUCUCCGAGCAGCAGCCAUCGCCGCCGAGGCUGCCAAGGACGAACUUUACGAACCACCCAAGGCCUCUCUCCAGUUUUACGAAAACUGGCUUCACGUCUAG